AUGUCAGCGUUCAAUCAUCAUCAAGUACAUUUUCUAACUCCACCAAAUCAAUCAACACCAACACCCUCAUCAUCGUCAAGAUACACCAAAUUAUCAAAACUAUCAAAAACUAUAACAACUAAUGCAAAUCAUUUCAACUUGAAUCAUGAUCUCAUUAACUCAUCAAAUCAUUUAAAUCAUCUUCAUCAUCAAAUUAAUAAAACUCAUCAAACUCAUGACCUUAAUUCUAAAUCGGGUUCAUUAAUCAACCUUUCAAAUAAUUUAUCAUGUUUUCAAACUUCAAAUGAUCAUCAACAACAAUUAUCUUUGACUGAAUUUGAAUUAUCAAAAUGUGUCAUUCAAUCUCAACUCGAUCCUAUUGAAGAUUUUAUUCAAAUAAGCGAAUUAUCUUCAAGCGAAUGUAGAAAGGUUGAAUUAGUUGAAAGUCAAUUAUCAAAAGAUGAAAGUUGA